AUCUCGAUCCUAUCGAGGAAGAUGACGAUGACUGGUUGAAUGAACCUUCAAAGGAAACCACUUCCCAGGAAAACAGUGCUAGGGCUGCUGUCAAUGAUGGCUCACCAGCCAUGAUGAACACUCCAACCAGACCGGUACUUGGCCCAGUUUCCAGCAACCUGACUUCGACUCAACACAAGCUUCUGUACAUGCAGGAGCCCAGCAUUCACGACGAUGGCAAACCUGGCAUGUUAGCACAAUUGGAGAAACAAGCGCAGGGUUAUAUGGACAAUGUCCUUGAGAACUUUCGCAAGGCAAACGCAUCACUGUUUGCUGAUACUCAAGCUCAGGCUGAGGCGAAGGCUCAGAAGCACCUGACCAAAGCCAUUGCAAACCACAGUGCCGCACUCACGCAGGGUGAAGUCGAGACCAAGUCGGACUCUGGUAUCAUUCCCUUCCCCGAUUUCGUCGACUCCCCAAUUUCUGCAGGAGGGAUGAAACUGUUGGACGAAGACAAGACAAUCCAGCACGGUGAAUUCCUGCCAUCUGCUGGUGAGAAUAGACCAGCUGCCAACCCACCAUCUGCUUCCGAGGCUGUGGUCAAGGGAGAGCUUCGUGAAAACAACCUCCACUUGACGACCACCAUGACCGACAGCGGCAGCGUGCCUUUCGGACAGGCCAAUUCUCCAACUAUUGUUGUCACUGCCAGCACCGAUACGGACAAAAGUAUUGGAUCCGACGGAAGCAAUAAGGGAACGAAUCUUAGUCAGGAGGAGCAAAUCGAAGACAACAGCGAGGAUCAGCAGGAUGAAGAGAGUGACGAGGACCGAGAACAUCGCACUCACUUCAAGAGCUGGGGAGCACCCGGCAUCCGCAACAAGCAGAGUAAGUCUACUCCCUCCAGAGGAAACAGCGUGCUAAUGCUUCCAGAAUCUCGCAUCCGCACCGUCAUUCUUCUCGGCCUUCCCAGCACUGCAGACCUGACCCUCGUUCAUUCUCUUGUUCAUGGCGGUACCAUCGAGGUCAUAAGGUUGACUCCGGCUAGUCCAGAAAGCAGCACGGUCAAUGCGCACGUUACCUUCACCAAUGGCGAUGCCUGCUACCUGGACUGUGGAGCUACACGUGUUCUCAAGGUCACUGGAGCAGACGAUGAUUGGGGAAUCGUGGCGUUGAACAGAUUCGCAGAGGGUAAAAACAAAACUCGUGCCAUCGAAGCCGUAACUGACACCUAUCGCAAUGGAGAACGUAUCAUCCACUUCCGUUUCGCCAAUAUCACUGAUGCUGUGAGAUUCAAGGGCAUCCUCAUCCGAAGCUUCGAAUGGGAGGGCUGUCCCGUUGAGUUUGCGGAGGACCCUUGUUCCAGAGCGACCGGCGUUCAUUAUGACUGAAUGUCACUCCCUCGAUGUCAUUCAUCAGAACGGAAACAGGUGUCAAGAUCCAUGACCGGAAGACGAGAUAAGGGGAGAUGUAUUCAGAGGUGACCCA